UGGACAACUUCAACCCAACGGCUUCCCCUUUCACUUUCUAUGUUCUUUUCAUCACCAAAUACCCCUAUCAUAGUUAAAUAACUCUACCUACGUCAAGCAAAUUACCCCGUAAUUAAACCCUGAAAUCAUGACCCUUUUCGUCCAUUAAAGAGGUUGCAUUCUCAUUAAAGACAUUAACAUAGUUCUCUAUUUGGUCUUUGGUUUGGAGUGAAAGCGAGGUCAUAAAGAUAAAUGUACGCACAGAGAGAGAGAGAGAGAGAGGACAAAGAAAAGGGAAUUCAAUUCUCUGGAAAUAUGGUGGUUCAAAGAAGAGUUAUAAUGAGCUGGAGAAGAGUGGCCAAAUCUUUACAGGCCCUUGUAGCUCACAGCUUACUUUUCACUUUCACUCUUUUGCUUUCUCUUAAGCUUGAACAUGCAGUUUCUUAUUCUUGGUGGGCUAUUUUUGCACCUCUUUGGCUAUUUCAUGCAGUAGUAGCACGUGGCCGAUUUUCCUUACCCGCUCCAUCACUGCCCAAUGAUCGACAUUGGGCACCAUCUCAUGCUGUCUUGGCAACUCCAUUACUCAUUGCGUUUGAACUACUCCUUUGCAUCCGGCUAGAGAGCAGCUAUGUUGUAAACUUGAAGAUUGUUUUUCUUCCAUUGUUGGCAUUUGAAAUGGCAAUCCUGAUAGAUAAUAUAAGGAUGUGUAGAGCUUUAAUGCCUGGAGAUGAAGAAAGCAUGAGUGAUGAAGCAAUAUGGGAGACUCUUCCUCACUUUUGGGUUGCAAUCUCUAUGGUCUUCUUCAUUGCUGCAACAAUUUUCACUCUACUCAAGCUAUGUGGUGAUGUUGCAGCUCUUGGUUGGUGGGACUUGUUUAUAAAUUAUGGAAUUGCAGAGUGCUUUGCCUUUCUUGUGUGCACUAAGUGGCAUAAUCCAGCAAUUCACAGGAAUUCACAUAUUGUUGGAUCUAGUUCUUCAAUGACUAUUAGUUAUAUUGAUUGGAAUAGAGGCUUGGUUGUUUCUUCUGAUGAGGACAGGCAUCAGAAUGGCAGAAUAUGCAACCUGCAGGACAUUGGUGGACACUUUAUGAAAAUUCCUCUUAUUGGUUUCCAGAUCAUUCUUUUCAUGCGCUUGGAGGGUACACCACCUGGUGCUAGAAAUAUCCCAUUUCCAGUUCUCUUUGCUCCACUGCUUUUGGUGCAAGGAGCUGGGGUUUUGUUUGCCACAUAUAGAGUGGUGGAGAAAGUUGUCAUCUUAUUACGUGGUGGAGCUGGCUCUGGCACAUACUUUAGUAUUGCAUCGAGAGCUCGUGACUUUCUUGGGUUUAUGCACCAUGGGUCAAGGCUACUGGGUUGGUGGUCAAUUGAUGAAGGUAGUAGAGAGGAGCAAGCUAGACUGUAUUAUGCUGGAGGUUCAGGCUACAAUACUUUUUCGCCAGACACUGUCAAGAAGAUGCCCAAAUCUGAGCUGGUUGAGGAGAUUUGGAGAUUACAAGCUGCAUUAGGGGAGCAAACAGAAAUCACAAAGUUUAGUCAGCAGGAGUGUGAAAGACUUCAAAAUGAAAAAAUCCUAUGCAGAAUUUGCUUUGAGGAACAAAUCAAUAUAGUCCUUCUUCCAUGCAGGCAUCACGUCCUUUGCAGCACUUGCUGUGAAAAGUGUAAAAAAUGCCCAAUCUGCCGCGUUGCAAUUGAAGAAAGAUUAUCCGUAUAUGAUGUGUAGUUCCUGUAUAUCAACAAAAUGGCUAGAAAGCUUCCUUGCUGCUUGGUUUUAGGUGAAGCAAGCAAAGAGAAGACGGCAAUUGGUCAGUCCGAGGGGAAGUUGGUGGUAAAUUGCAACUACUUUCAGUUCUUGUGCAAGUUAUCAAAUUGUAAUAGCUAUAUUCUUGUUCUGAUUUCUGAACAUGGGGAGAAGCCCCACAAGACUAUAGCUAUUACAACAUAACAUUUUGUACAGAAAGAAGGAUUUUGAACGAAAUUACAAUAGAAUCAUUUGUCUGUUUUGGCCAGGAUUCUAUGAUAGAAUCCAGUUCUUGUACUGCUCUUCAUCAUAUUUAUCAAUUCAAGAAAGUUUACUUUUACCAAUGCA